UGCUUAUCUUUGAAAAGUGAAACGCGAUAGACAUAUUGCAAUUGCGCGGGGGAAUUUCCCUUGAAAUCGCGCGAGAGAUCGACAAUCGCGCGCGCGACUAGCAGCCGGAAGUACAGGCCCGGCACCCCGUCGUGCAUCGCGGCGAAUCGCGCGCGGCGCAGAAAGAAGAAAAAAGAGAGGGAAAGAACGCGCGCGAAGAUACAGGGACGAUGCUGCACGCAGCUGCACGGAACGGUUAUGCAGUUCCGCCGUUGCACUUCAAAGAAGCGCCGUCGCCCACGCGCGAAAACUCGCUUUACUACGUCCGGAAGCGACGCUUUAUGAUCCCCCUGCGUGCGAUCGCCAAGGAAUAUUAAAGAACCUAACCUGCUCCUCUCUUCCUCUUUUGGCGCGAAGACUCCUCGUCAAGCGACCGCCAUUCUUUCGCAAUCAGGCAAACACGAGGGAAAUUCAUUGAUUUCGCAUCAAAACAGUGUUGUUAUGCUGCCAGGAGGAAGCCACGAGGAAGCGUUUUCUACAAGUGCCCGGUAGAAAUGUCACUGCUUUCUCGAGAUCUUCUAUUUGAGAGAAAAAUAAACAUCCUCUCUGGACCCCGCGUUACAAAUUGAUCGAAAUGACUCCGAAAUAUGAAUCUCCGAUGACGCCUCUUCAAGUGCCUUUUCCACAUACGGAUGCCAACAUCCCUAUUGAUUUGCAGCUACAAUUGCGAAGACAGCACUUCGAGAGGAUGUCUUUAGCGCACAUAACAGAUGAAGAAUCAUAUUUGAGGAUGAACAUGAUGAUGUCUCCACACACACGAUCUACCUUACCACCUGGAGUACGCGUUGAAUUGAAGAAUCGUGAGCUAUGGAAUAAAUUUCAUGCCGAGCACACGGAAAUGAUCAUUACAAAGACAGGGCGACGCAUGUUUCCAUCCGUUCAGGUAUCUGUCAAGGGUUUGAACAAGAAUAGUCAAUAUUAUGCAGUUUUGGAGAUAGGACUAGCCUCUGAUCGCCGUCACAAAUAUUGUGGAAAUGGCGAGGGAAAUGAUAACGCGGAAAAAAGGAACGAGAAUAAAAGCAAUAUUCGGGGCUGGAGUAGUGCCGGACAAGCUGAGUCACAAUCUCCAUUUGAGCGCAGAAUGUUUUUUCAUCCUGAAAAUCCAGCGACAGGCGAGUACUGGAUGCAAAAUUCAAUCAGCUUUAGCAAACUGAAACUUACGAACAACGUCAGUGAUCCUGGCAAUAACGUGGUACUAACCUCGAUGCAUAAGUACAUUCCUAAGAUUUGGCUAAUUAGUUGUAUCAAGCCUGCGAAAACUCUGAACGAGCUCUUUUCCUAUCCAGCCUCGGUUUUUACUUUCAAGGAGACUGAAUUUAUCGCAGUAACAGCCUAUCAGAACGGGAACAUCACGAAACUGAAGAUUGAUAAUAAUCCGUUCGCGAAGGGAUUCCGCGAAACGGGAUCCUCGCGAUGCAAGCGUAAGCAUAAUCAACUGAGCCAAUCAGAAGAUGAGAGCAACACAGAUUCGUCCGAGUCGAGUCCUGGCGCGAAUAAUUUGGACGACUUGAAGAAAUCGCCGAAGGUACCUAAAAUAGCAAAUUCUGACGAUGACGAUGACAAGCAAUCGAUUGCUGAGGAUCAGAGAUUAACCGCGACACCGGAAAGCACUGAUCAUGAAUCAUCCGAGGUAUCAUCCACUUUUUACAGACCUUGGUUAAAUACGCGCGCAAAACCUUUGGAACCGAUACCACAAGUAUCGAUGGUACCAUCGGCACCAUCGUUGUCGGAAGUUCGCUAUAUAAAAUGGUUCCGAUCUAAUUUAACUUAUUAUUUGCAAUCCUUGUCAUUGGUUGAGCAAGAAGCCUGCUUGAACUAUUAUCGGUGUUACUACCCGAUAUUAUUACCCGAUUUUUAUGUCAGACGACUAUAAUUUCUAUGAUUGCUUGUUGUUUUAAUUAUUCUUGUGAUUUUGCUGAAGUUAAUUGCAUUUUAGACGCAAAGGAUAAUUGUUUAUAUAUAUAUAUAAUUGUGUAAAUAAAUAAUCGAUGAAUUAAACCUGAAA